UAUUACACCCCCCAUACACUUAUAAUUGGGCCUAAACCUAGCAAGACAGUUAUAAACCAACCCGGCCCAUUAUUGUUUUCCCUCUUUUCUUCUCUUCUCUAACUCUGCUGCAACCACUUCGUCCUUCGAACAUAACUCUUAUUUCUUCUCGCCGCCGUCACCACCACCACCUUAGGGUGUCGUCUCCGUCAUCAUCAUCCCUAACUGGUUUCCCUCUCCUCACUGUAGCUUCUUCUUCACCAACUCUUCCUUCUGCUAUGGCGGCUUCAGCAGACAUCAGAGGCAUUUUAACCGCAUUCAAUCCUUCUCUUGACUUCUUCGCUAUUUCCACCGGUGACGGUCGUAUUAAGAUAUGGGAUGCUCUCAAGGGUCAAGUUCAGACCGAGUUUGCAGACAUUACUUCAACUCAUGAAACCAAUAUAUUUGAUCAAAAAGGACAUCUUUCUGUUGAUUAUACUUGUAUCAAGUGGUUGUCUUUUCAAUCAAAGAGGAAAAGAAAACAUUCAUCAUCCUCAUUGUUGCUGCUUGGAACUGGUAGUGGUGAUGUUUUAGCACUUGAUGUUUCUGCUGGUCAAUUGUCUUGGAAAAUCAAUGAUUGUCAUCCUGGAGGUGUCAGAGCCAUUUCGUCUUUGGCAAAUGGAUCAACCUUUUAUACUGCUGGUGCAGAUGGAAUGAUAUGCGCAACAGAUUUCUCGACAGGAAAACUGCUGGAGAAAUUUAAAGCCUCAUCAAAGGCAGUAUCUUGUAUAUCAGUUUCUCCAGAUGGGAAGAAGUUAGCUACUGCCGCAGCACAAUUGAAGAUUUUCAAUUGUUCUAAUAAAAAGAAGAUUCAAAAAUGCUCUGGUCAUCCUGGAUCUGUCCGGUGUAUGGUCUUCACUGAAGAUAGCAAGUAUAUCCUCUCAUCUGCUGUUGGUGAAAGAUAUGUUGCUGUUUGGAGUAUAGAUGGCUCUAAAAAGCAGUCAGCUAGCUGUGUUCUUGCAAUGGAGCACCCUGCUGUCUUUCUUGAUAGUAGGUGUAUUGAUAAAGGGGAACAUGAUGAGGCUGGCAUAUGUGUUUUGGCCAUAUCAGAAGCUGGUCUUUGUUAUUUAUGGUUUGGAAAUAGUAUUGAAGAACUACGAAAUGCAAAACCCACGAAAAUCUCAUUAUCUUCGGAAGACAUGUCCACAAAAAAUUACAAGGGUGCACUCCCCGCAAUAUAUGCUGCAAACUUACAAAGCACCCAGAAGCCGGCUUCUGGGCAGGUUUUUCUUGUUUACGGGAUGCUUGUAAAACCAUCAUUUCAAAAUAUUCCAGUGCAUUCCGGUGCAGAUGUAAAGUUGAGUGUCUCCCGUGAUGGUGUUCUUCUUCCAAAGAGCCAAUCUCGUCUAAAAUCUAAAAACAGGACAGAUGUCCAAAGAGUAACUGCCCUAGACCGUGCUAAUGCCGAGGAUGCCUUGCUUCCAAUUCCUAAAGUUUUUGAUUCCCGUGAGAAAGAGGAAUCAUUUCAAGACUCUUUGGACAAGGAUGUGAUGGAUGAUUUGUUUACAAGUGGUAUAGCCGAUUCUAUGGAGAUAGAUGAUGGUAUUGUGCAAAGUGAGACUAAUAUAAUUAGCAUGGAGGACCGGAUGAGAUCACUAGGAUUGCUUUACAAUGAGAGUGAUUGUGCAUCAAACUUUGAACUCUGUUCUAAAUUGUUAAAGGGUAUUGAUCUAGAAUCUAUUCUUCCAAAGAAGAAGGUAAGAGCAGCUGUUUUGUCUAUAGAACCAAGCGAAGCAUUCAAGCUACUGGAAGUGUUGCUAGCUAUAUGGCAAUCAAGGUCGUCUAGAAGAGAGUAUGUGCUUCCAUGGAUGUAUAGCAUUUUAGUUACCCAUGGUCAUAAUGCUGCUGAAGAAUCUGUAACACAUAUGCUUGAUUCAGUGUACAAGAUUACAAAUUCCAGAGGGGCAACUCUUCAGUCUUUGUUGCAAUUAUCAGGUCGGCUACAACUGGUGACAUCACAGAUUGAUAAGGCUUCUCAGAGAAUAAGCCAUUCGGUGCAUGAUAUCCAAACAGAAGAAAGUGAAGACGAGGCUGAAUUUUAUCAAGAGGAUGAAGAUGGUGAAAAGGACGGUGAAGAAGAUGAUGCAUCUGAAAUAAGUUCUGACAAUGAAAACUAGCGUUCCUUUUAUUUGAAGAUUACGAGUUCCCAAUUGUCUCGUUUGCGGCUGACAGAGAUUUGGAGGAAGAGAGAACAGAUACUGGAUUCCAACCAGCUUUUUGUUCACAAUUUUGUUUACUUUCUCAGGAGUUUUGGUGUUAUUAGUUUUUUUUUUUUUUUAAAAAAAAAAAAAUGAGAAUCCCCUAGAUUAUGUAAUUGAAGAUUUUUACUGAUUAAUAGAAAUGCAUAUUGUAGUUCGCAUGUAUUGCUAUAUGUUUGAAGACAUGCUCAAAAUACUCCUAUUCUCAAGAAUGUAUCCUCUAUAUUAAAAAAAAAUGAUCUUUGCCUAA